UGACUGACUGACUUCUCAACAAAUUUAUCUACCUCUUUCUUAAGUUGUUGUUGUUCAUAACAAACAAUAUCUAUACAUACAUAGAUAGAUAGAUUACUUCAAUCAAUCUCUUUUUGUUUGUUUCUCUCUAUUUCAUUUAUUUUUUUACUAAAUAACACUUUUGAACUCAACUCAAAGCAAUAAAAUGGAUGCUAUGAAUCAGUUGCAGGAAUUAAUCAUCAAAGUUGACCACCCAUUGCAGACAACUUUUCAGAAUGUUCAUCAAGGAUAUGUCACUGAAAACUUGACUCGCUUUCUAAAAGCAAGGGAUUGUGAUCCUUCUAAGGCUUAUCAAAUGUUGGUUGAUUGUUUAAACUGGAGAGUACAAAAUCAGAUUGACAAUAUAUUAUCUAAACCAAUUAUUCCUGCCCAUUUAUAUAGAACAAUACGUGAUUCACAACUCAUUGGAUUGUCCGGCUAUACAAGAGAGGGUCUUCCUGUCUUUGCAAUUGGUGUUGGGCUUAGCACAUUUGACAAAGCAUCGGUCCAUUAUUAUGUGCAGUCUCACAUUCAAAUGAAUGAAUAUCGCGAUCGUGUAAUCUUGCCUUCCGCAUCAAAGAAGCAUGGGCGGCCUAUUACCAAUUGUGUAAAGGUUUUAGAUAUGACUGGCCUGAAGCUCUCGGCCUUGAAUCACAUUAAGUUGUUAACUAUUAUAUCAUCCAUCGAUGAUCUGAACUAUCCUGAGAAGACGCAUACUUAUUUCAUUGUAAAUGCCCCAUACAUAUUUUCAGCUUGUUGGAAGGUUGUGAAACCACUUUUACACGAGAGGACAAGAAGAAAAGUGCAGGUCUUAUCAGGAUGUGGACGAGAGGAGUUGUUAAAUAUCAUGGAUUAUGCAUCUCUGCCACAUUUCUGUAGAAAAGAAGGCUCUGGAUCAUCCAGACAUUCAGAAGGUGGAAGCGAGAAUUGCUAUUCCUUGGAUCAUCCCCUCCACCAACAGCUUUACAACUACAUCAAUCAGCAAGCUAGACUCCGUGAAGCUGUUGCACCCAUCAAGCAAGGAUCAUUUCAUGUGGAUUUUCCAGAACCUCCGGAUGUGGAUACAAGGAUUGCCAAGACUAUAGAGUCAGGGUUUGAUAGCCUAACCUUGAAUGGAAAUAAGGAACGAUUGAACAAUUGGACUGGAGCACAGGCCUAAUCCAAGACAGCUCAAGCCCAGGAACAAGAAGGAAACCCACCAGCUGAAGACUAGUUUAACAACUCAAAAAAAGGAAAUGAAACGCUGCUAAAAUAAGGAAGAAACAAAGGGUGUGUGACCCCAAACUUGUAGGAAACUGGAAUGGCUCAAUGAUUUCAUGAUAGGAUAUAUUAAUAGAUUCUCAUAGUUAUUUCAAUUUGUAUCUUCUUUUUUAAUUUGUUAAUUUGUAGAGUGAGGCCUUUAGUAGUGUGGAGAGGGAAUGAAAAGACAGGUCCUUUUUUGGGAAGGGUAUGCUAGAGAAAGAGUUAUAUUUUGUAAGGAAUUUGGCACUGACUUGAAGAGUGUGCAACAAUACAAUAACCAUCACUUACAUCACAGUUCCAAAAAUUUGAGACUGGCAAUGCAACUAAUACUUUUUUCAUUUUAAAUUUUAAA